ACGCGCAGACUUUUGCGUCCACCAGCGUCCCCCAGCGCCCACCCGGGAGCGAUGGAGCUCUACGCGAGCAACGUGUCGGCCACUGCGGCCUUCGUGGGGUGGUCGCCGUCAUGGCGCUGCCCGCAGGGCUGGGCUCCCCGCGCCGUCCACCGCCCCGACUGGGAGCGCCCGCUGGCGGGGACGUCCCCGCGCCGGCUGCAGCGCGAGGAGCGCGUCGCGCCGGGCCGCCACCGCGUGGCACUGGAGGGGCUGACGCCGCUCACCGGCUACAUCGCGUGCGUGUCGUGUGCGCCCGUCCCGCCGCUGCUGCUCGCGCCUCCGCAGCAGCAGCAUCAGCAGCAGAGGUCGUCCCAGCAGCCGCAUCUGGCGCGGCAGCAGCCAGCGCCGCAUGGGGGCGAGCAGGGCGCCUGCGUCGCGUUCCACACGACCGGCCCGGACCUGGGCAACCGGAAGAAGGAGAUGGCGAUCGCCAUCUGGGUGUCGAGCAGCGUGCUGUUGCUGCUCAUCGCUGCCUUCCUGCUCUACGGCUGCCUGCGCAUCUGGUGCCGCCGGCGCAGGGAGCUGGGCAAGGGCACGGUGGCCGGUGGCACCACCAAGCAGCAGCAGCAGCCGGAGGAGCAGCAGUUGUUGCCGCUGAUGCAGCAGCAGCAGCGGCAACAACAGUGUCACCAACAACCAGAGCAGCAGCCCUUCCAGGAACAGCAGCAGCUGGAGUUGAAGCAAGAGGAAGAGCAGCAGCUGUUGCUGACACAGCAGCUGUUGCUGACACAGCAGCAGCAGCAGGAGUGUCAACUACAGCAGCAGCCAGUGCAGGAGGAACAGCAGAUACACCAAAGACAUCAACAUCAGGAGCUGAGUCUGCAAGAUCAUAAUCAGCACCAUCGUCCACAGCAGCAGAAGCAACAGGAGGAGCAGCAGGAGCGGCAGCGAGAGGAGCAGCGUCAGGAGAAGCAGCAGGAGCGGCAGGAGAAGCAGCAGCAGAAACAGCAGCAGGGGGAACAGCAGCAGGAGGAGCAGCAGGAGGAGAGGCAGCAGGAGGAGUGGCAGCAGGAGGAGGAGCAGGAGAGCGACGCUGUGGAUCGUGGCGGGAAGGGAGGGCUCGCUGUGCAAGAGGAGCAGCAGCUGGGAGGGCGAGCGGCGACUCCAAGCCCGGACCCCGGCCGGACGGGCGACCCCAGGGUGCUCGCCCCGAGCCAAGGCCGUGUGGCCGUGGUCGCUGGUGGAUCUGGGCUGGCGGAGUGAGAGGGCCCCGAGCGGUGGAGCUGCCGCGGGGGGAUCGGCGUCUCGGUGCUAGUGGAGCUGGGCGCUGCCGAGUUGGGGAUCCGUUCGGUUUUGCUCGCGCGGUCGAUGACUCGCGUCGCUGUAACUCGGCCGUGGCCUGGGCGGCCCGGAGAUCACGGCGCCGAGCCGGUGACCCCGAGGUACUGGGUUUAAAGCUGGGUUUUGGCCGCUAGGGGUUAAACCGGGUUUCUUAAGGGUGGCGAGUUGAUGGUCGAAGCCCGGUCACCAACGAUGGGUGGAGACCUAGACUCCAAUACCGACUUACGAACACUAUUCGAUGCUCUUCAGUAGAGGACUGCAUGUGGAGACCCAUCGACUCCCAGAGUCCUAUACAUUCACGUAGGCUGAGUUGAUAUUAAACCAGGGCUCUUAAGUCGUGAUGGUCUCAGCCCGGCCAUCAAUGGCGACACAAAAUACACCACCAUGUUACUUUUGGGUUUGCACUUAAUUUAGCCGAAUUCCAGCUCCGACAAUUAAAAUAUCGGUUUGACCAGUCACGCCACAAACAUUACCCUCAUUUGGCAGAAGGGCUGGGAAGGUGCUGCCCGCUACCGUGUGGGCCGGAAGUCACGUGAAGGAGGGGAUCUCAGAGGUGGUCCUGUGAUCGUGGCUGUGACAGUAUCAUGGACACACUUUCACUGUGGCUCUCCUGCUCUGGGCUAUUUCUCUGCCGAACAUCGACCUUCCACCAAAGCGUAAACCAGACGCAGCGUCUGUGAAAUAACGCACAGGAGAUUUACAAGUUUUACAUUCGUUUUGCAAUGUCACUCGCAUAAGGAUGAAAUCAGAAAGGUUUAUUUUCGUAAUUUCGUUCUCACCGUCAUCAUCAUCGACAUCACCACAUUGCUUCACCAUUUUUACAAAUAGAUAAACCGUGCUUAUCCCAUGAUGUUUAACUUUAUCAAUUCACUGUUAGAUGGAGGCUCCCUGAAAGCAACUAACAGCUAUCACGAUCAUGUGAUGCAGUGAUCCACACUCACAGCCACGCAUAAGCCGAUUCCAUCGCUCCAUCUCCUUGGUUAACCUCCUGUCGGACGCGUUCCGCUCUGCAUCCUGUUUCAUUUUCAUGGAGUGGUGCGUUGAGUAAUCAUAUUACCUGUAAUCGUAUAUUAUUAGGAGGGUUAGAAUAAUCAGAUUAUCAUAGCCGUUUUGACAGUCUACUGCUGGAUGAGGCCAUGUCGUAUGGGUCAGGGUGGUUAUUUUGACCGUACUUCACCACGUUGGCCAGCAGGGGCUUGUGAAGGCAGGGAGUGGAGGUGUGGGUAGCAAACAAAUCCUUGCGGAACCCGAGUGCGCGUUGGAGCCGACGCGUCAUUGCACACCCGGCAUGACACAAACAACGCCUCUCACAAGCGCCAACACACACAACGUGGGUGAGGCUAUCGGGACACUGCUGUCAAGAGUGAAGAGCAAAUCCCAAUCGCUCAGAGCGCAAGCGUGUACUUCAGUGUCUCCAGGUAUUUUCUUGCUAUCUGUAUGGUUAUGAUUAUGCUGUAUGAUUCAAAUAUGUCAGUAUAAUCCGAGUUAACAAAUAUUAAUAAGCUGUAGCGAAGACCAGGGUUCUGUGUUGCAUCUAGCGAGGGUUCUGAGUGUUUUACCGGAUUGUUUACGGAGCUUUAUGUCGCACGGCUGGAAGCAACGAGCAUUGUGAACGUUAACCGAGUCAACUUCCUCACUCAACUUGGGCCCAGAGCCAGGCUGCACAUGGUCGCCACUGUGAACAAACUUUAUUUGCUCAACGCCAGCCUGGGCCACAACGGAGUGGAGAGGGCGAUGUGGCCCUCGUGGUCCCCGCGAUACCACGGUCCGUCUCCUGCGCACGAGCCGAUCUCGGCGCUCCAUCCUAGGGUGCGGGCACGGGCCGGUGGUUGGCAUCGUCUUGGGGCUUCGUUCCCCCUCCUUUGGCAGCCACUCUGUCACCGGGAUCCGUCCAAUCGGCCGUCAGCGAGAGAAGUCCUUGGGAGGAGACGUUAACGGAGAGGGGAAAAAAAGGCACAGCAGCAAACGGACGACCCGAGAGGAGGCGACCCGAGAAUAGAAAUGGACAAGAUCCGGCCCCGAGUGCUUCGGACCGUGAGAAAGCAACGUGUGGAUGCGAUCGAGGAGUUUUGAAUCGGUGCGCAGGACAAGCGUGCAGGCGGUGCGUUGGGGGCCCCUCUUGUGGUGGCUCGCCACGGUAACGGCGCUGGAGCUGACUUUAGUCGUCAUCAUCAAUGCCUUCCCUCGACCGCCAAUCAACCGGUUAUUCACCUGGGCUAUUCCGCUUCGUGCUGCACGCGAAUUAUAAAGCUAAUUUCGCAGUGAAAACUGAACGGUGACUGGUAACAAUACACACACACCUGAUGCCGUGGCUUGAAUGACCAAAUGAUGCUUCAGGAUCCGUGACAGCGCUGUAGCGUCACAAUCAAUCACAAAGCGGGUCGGUGGGAUGAGUACUCUCUACCGUGACAGCCUCUCUAUGUCCUGGGCAAAAGGGCCAUUUCUCCAAACGUCUUCUGUGGUAUACUUUUCUUCUUAAGGCCACAAUGUUAUUGACGAAUGUGUUUUUUUUAAACACCUAUUUGUUUUUUCAAAGAGUUGACUUCAGCUUGUCUCGUAAUCGCCUGACACCACGUCACAUGAUACAGACAAAGCUCCCCCGUGUGGCCUUACGGGGGAGCUUUGGGGCAAGUGCUGUUAGCGAGCACUUCUGAAAGCCGGCACGGCACACGCGGGGGUCGGUAGUUCAGCACUACGCCUGGCCGCCUUGGUCUCCCGAGUGGCGAUGUUAACAAAUUACACCAGCUACACAUUUGAGGCCGAGUCGACCUAGAGGUGGCCCAGGACCGGUUCAGAAAAUCGUCACUGGUGUUUGUGGCCGUAAGUGGUAAACUAAUUCGGGCCCCCAGGUUCAUAGCACAGGGUGCAAACCGCUGCGCCACCGUUCCCCACCGCGCGCGGGCAACACGAGUUGGCAAGGGUGGGCCGCUGUCGCAAGGCUGCAUGCCCGACGUCACGGCUCUCCUGCCGUGUCAUGGCACGCUGCUGCUCAACACGUGCCAGUCGGGGCCCCUUUUGUAUUUUAAUGCCACAUUCAGUGUUUCAAAGCAUCACAACUGCCAUAGUACUAUUAUUAUCACGUGUUAUUGGCGUUUUACGAUUCGUGUUAAGGUGAUGACAUAUCGUGGUGAUUUUGACAAUAAAGUUCUGC